CCGCGCAUUCCCCGGAUGUUAGCUAUUCAGAGAGAAAGACGAACGAGCGAGAGAGAGGCGGAGAAGCCAGGAGACGCCACGGACAAACCGGUAAAGGGAUUGCGGGUCUCAAACCCACGACAAACACGGAGAGUUGAGGCUCAUUUCGAGGAGAGAGGGAGCUGUGAUCGAAAUAAAGGAAGGGGAGGGGGCGGCUAACUUUGACAGACCUGCACUGGCCUCCAGAAGCGGACACGAGCCCGGGUUUCAUUUUUGAGUGACGCCGACAAAAACAGUGAUCUGAGGGAGCCCCUGCGUUCUCGCCGCACCGGAUCGUCACCCCUCCUUAGCUGCCACUCGACCUGCCACCAUGACGUCGGAGCUGGAGAGCAGCUUGACCUCCAUGGACUGGCUGCCGCAGUUGACCAUGCGGGCGGCCAUUCAGAAAGCGGAUGCCCAAAAUGCUCACGGACCGGGCAUGCCUAAGAAAAGCGCCCUGCUGGAUCCCAACACCACACUGGACCAGGAGGAGGUGCAGCAGCACAAGGAUGGCAAACCGCCAUACAGCUACGCCAGCCUCAUCACAUUCGCCAUCAACAGCUCGCCAAAGAAGAAAAUGACACUGAGCGAGAUCUACCAGUGGAUCUGUGACAAUUUCCCCUAUUACAGGGAAGCCGGCAGUGGGUGGAAGAACUCAAUACGGCACAAUCUCUCCUUGAACAAGUGUUUUCUCAAAGUGCCUCGCUCCAAAGAUGACCCGGGAAAGGGUUCGUACUGGGCAAUUGACACAAAUCCAAAGGAGGACACACUGCCCACACGACCCAAGAAGAGGCCACGGUCUGGAGAGCGGGCGUCCACGCCGUACAGCCUGGAGUCGGAUAACUUGGGAAUGGACUGCAUCAUCUCUGGAAGUGCCUCUCCAACGCUGGCAAUCAACACUGUGACUAACAAGGUGGCAUUGUACAACCCUGACCAGGAUGGGAGCGACAGCCCUCGAAGCAGCCUUAACAAUAGCCUCUCCGACCAGAGUCUGGCCUCUGUUAAUCUCAACAGCGUGGGCAGCGUUCACAGCUACACACCGGUGACGAGUCAUCCCGAGUCGGUGUCCCAGUCUAUGAGUUUGCAGCAGGCCCCCCAGGCCCAGUACAGCAUACCAGAUCGCGACAAACAGCUGCUCUUCUCUGAAUUCGAAGAUCUCAGUGCCUCCUUCCGCAGCCUUUACAAGACUGUGUUUGAGCAGUCCUACAACCAACAGAGUCUGAUGGGUUUGCCCUCGGAGUCAUCCCAGCAGACCCACACCUCCUGCUCCUACCAACACUCCCCCAGCAGCCACCCUCACAACAACCAGAACAGCAUCACUAACUCGCACCCCAACAACAUCCCCAACAAUGGCAGUCAGGUGCCCCUCUCCCACCCGCCCCACUCGGCCCACAACUCGCCACACGGACAGCACCUCUCCCAGCAUGGCCCUCACAGCCAACACCCGCACACGGCGCACAGCCAGCACCCGCAGCACAGCCAACAUCCCCAGCACAGCCAACACAGCCAGCAUGGGCACCAGGCCCACGGGCAGCACACGGCACAGCAACAACAGCAGCAGCACCAGAAUCUCUCCCACCAGCAACAGAUGCAGUGCAAUACUGGUCUUCUUAGUGACUGGUACCCCAACCUGGAUGCGCUAAAAGAAAGCUGCCGCAUCGCAUCCAACUGCAACUGGUCUGAUGUGGAUUUGUCUCCCUUCCAAGGUUUGAAAGAGAGCAUGCGACAGGCGGAGAUGAAUAACUGGUCUCUGGAGCCCACUCAGAUGGCAGACCUCUGCUCUUCUAUCAAUCAGUUCUUUGCUCAGACUGGAAUCCAGCCACAAGGGGCAGUGCAGGCGUCGGUGUGCCAUGGCUCCAUGCAUCCCAACAAGGCCAGCCCACACAUCAACAGAGGAAACGUGUACAUGGACUCGAGACCGAGCUUGAGUUCGUUGAUGGGUCCUCCAGGAUACACUCAUAUGCCGCCCAUGAGCAGCGCUGGACCCACUAUGACAGGCCAUCAUCCUCAGAUGAGCCAGCAGCACAUGAUGACCGGCGGUAACUUCCAGAUGCGCCGCAUGCCUGCCGACGACAUCCAGGACGACUUCGACUGGGACUCUAUUGUCUAACCCAGUCGCCGAACGCAUAGAGUGUUGCAGAAAAAAACGAGAGAGGAGCGAAUGGAGGCAGAGUGUUUGUGUUACAGAGCAAAGAGGGCUGGACCUGAGGUGUCUGCACGCCCCUGGCAGAAAGCAGAUCAGAACGGGACACUUGAAAAAAAUAAGUGCUGGUGUUGUUCAUUAUGACCUGAAAGAGACUCCUGUGUUCCUGGUGUUUUUAUCAAACAAAACAAAACAAAAACAAAAAAGAUAUUACUUUGAAGACAAUCACAUUUACUAGGACAUGUUUAAGUGAUCGCUUUUAUACUUGUCCAAGAGGCAAGUGGUUCAUGUUUAUGUCAAAAUGUCUCCCAACCCACAGCCUCUCUGCAAGCCCGCUCAAUUUGCCAAGCUCACCCCUGCUCUUCAACUGUCGUUCUGUGAUUUUUUUUUUUUUUUUUCCCGAGUGACUCGUCUGGUUGUUCUCCCUCUUGUGGUGACUAACUCAGGCCAGACGGGAUUGGCUCCCUCAUGUGUGUUGUGAAACUUCCUCUGAGAUGCAGGGCGCUUUUCAAAAGAGGGCCGACGGUGCAGGUAAAACGUCACUCCUGACGCACCUCCAGUUCAUUCUUGUCAUUCAGGCACAAAUGUCCUCUUUCUAUUUUUUGUUUUAAUGCUCCUCCUCUGACCCUACACACUGUAAUAUGUCGCCAUGCAUUUAAUUCUAGCAAAAUCUAAAGGAAAUUUAGCAAAACCACAUUACCUACAGUAUUUGUACUUGUGUAUCCUUGCCGUCUAACGUGUGUCAUGUUCUUUUGUCACUAAUAGUCUGAACGUGUGCGUCAGAAAACGAGACCUUACUAUUGUCGUUCCUCAUCGCUCGUACAAUCCUCAUCCACCUGUAGUUCCCCCAAUCAGACCGCGUCGCUUUUAAAGCCCUCAGGACCCGCCGCUGAAAAUUUCACACACGUAGUUUACGAGAUUUGUGGGAUACCGGAGAGGCCUGCGAAAAUCAGCAUGCUGUGUGGCUCUUUACAGCAGCGUUGAGGAGGAGAUGAAAAUCACGUCAAGGCACAUUUGCUUAAUGGUCCGCAAUAAAAGAGCCCUCUUUAUUUUAACCCAAGGACCAACCGACAUGAAUUCCCUCGCUCUUUGCUGCACUGACAAGGACUUUUUUUUUUUUUGUUUUUGCAAAAAGCGAAGGUGCUGUUGAUCUGUGUAAAGUAAUACUGCAGGUAAGGAGCAGGCUCAAUUAUUUCGAUACACUAAUAGCCUUAUUUUGGAGGAAUGUUCAUUAAAAUUCUACUACAAAGACGUCAUGUGAGUUUAAAAUAAAAAAAAAACUUGAGGCUUUUGCAGGCUUUUGAAAUGCUCUGCUAACUUAAACCACAGUGUCAUUUUAUUAUAUCAGUGAUAUUAUGGAGUAUUUGUGCAAUAUUGUUUUAUUUAUUUUAUUUAGGGCUAUUAGUGAUUACAAUCAUCUCUUUUGAAGAGCACAAAACUAAUGCACAAGAUCUGGACUAGAAUAGCAGAACCCAAAUUAGAAAUAGAGGCAGGCUUUUGACCUUUAGCAGGGUAUUUAUCUGAGAGCAGCAGCACGUCAAUUGGAGUGCAGUGCUGAUUUGGAAAAGCCAUAAAGUGCGGUUGAAAAGGGAAGAAGUGGAUUUGUUUCUCAUCGCUUCAACGUUUACGCACCCUUUCAGUAGUUUGCAGUCAUCUUUAUUUGUUGAUCGUGUUUAAGUGCAAAUAGACUUGGAAAGUGAUUUGAUGACAAUCGUUUUUGUUUCAGUAUUACGAACUCUUCAAGUAUUUACACUAGUCAUUGACAUGUUUUGGUUUUUGAUUGUUUCGUAAUGGAUCAUGAACCCUACCUUCAGGGGUUCCUCAUAAAUGUUUAAUAAUCAUGAAAACUUGUCUUAUUUCAAGCUUAAAAUUUAAAGACAAAAUUAUUGUUUCGCUAUUUUUAGGACCAUUAAGAUUGGGAGUUGAAAUUUAUAUUUUAAUUAGACAGGGGUGACACGGUGGUUUAAGGUUGCUCUUUCGAGUCUCAGCUGGGUCAGUUGGCAUUUCUGUGUGGAGUUUGCA